AAAAAUGGUAAUUCCUUAAAAUUACGAGUUUUAAAUUUUCUCAUAAAAUUAUUCAUCUUAACGGAGAUACAAUCAACAAAAAAUGAAGUCCAUUUAUUUUUUGUUAAUUUAGAACACUGUUGCGCCCUCUUUAGUAAACCGACUAAAAUACUAUAUAAUUCGAAAUUUUUGGAGCGGUUUCCCCGUCAUUUAAAAUUUUUGUGCAUAGACCGCAAGAAAGGAUAUUUCUUGAGUGCCAUGGCUGACCUUAAACCUGCUGAAGUUGAAAAGGCCCGAGAACAUUUCGAAAUCUAUGAUUUCGAAGGAGAAGGUAAGAUCGAUGCAAGGGAUCUCGGAGAUCUUCUAAGAUCUUUGGACUGUAAGCCUACCCUUGCAACUGUAGAAAAGAAUGGAGGAACCAAAAAGAAAGGUGAAAAAAAGUUCACCUUUGAAGAAUUUUUACCAAUCUACAGUCAAAUUAGGAAAGAAAAAGAAGUCGGCACAUUAGAAGACUUUAUGGAAGGUUUGAAGGUAUAUGAUAAAGCUGAAAAUGGAACUAUGCUGGCAGCAGAAUUAGCCCACGUUUUACUUUCCCUAGGUGAACGUUUAAAUGAUGCUGAAUGUGAGGACAUCUUGAGAUCAUGCGGUGGAACAGAAGAUGAUGAUGGAUUCAUUAAAUAUGAACCUUUUGCAAAGACUGUUAUGGCAGGACCUUUCCCUGAAGAAGUAAAGUAAUGGAUUAUAUUUAUUUGGUAAUCAAAUGCAUCACUUUUACAACCAGGAAUCAACACAAGUCAUAAAUUUCUAAAAUAUCUGCGAUUAUAUCAAACUGCUAAUUUAGAAUUUUUUUUUUCAAUUCAUAUGUCAAUAUUGAAAUGAAAAAUAUUGAACUUUUUGUGCUCACAAACUGUACUUACUUUUGUAAUCAUCUAAUGGCCUGUACUUAAUAUAUACUCAAUAAAAAUAUAUUCAAUCGUA